CCCGCAAGUGCCGAUCCAUCAUCGAAGCUCUAUUGCCCUCUUGUCCUUGUCCGCGCGCAGCUUCCGCAGCAGCAGCGCACAAUGUCCAUGCCCGGUGCCGAAAGAGUUCUUCUUCACCUUACGCAGUAGAGGCGGCUUAGGUUAGGUUACCAUCCAUGUCCGACUGACUUUUCAACCUGGGAAGAACCCUCCUCGACCGAUCCCAUCCCACCCUCCCAACUUAUUAAAGAUACCCUUGUCUGCUGCUCAUUGCGACGGCCUUUCCGCCACGACCUUAAUCACCCGACAACCAAAGUCCAGAUCCAGAACUGUCUUAUUUGUCCCACGCCACCUUUUAAGACUCUGUUCGACUUUUGUCCUCCUCCACAUCAUACACACAGUCACAGUCCGAAAUCAACACUUCGUUGUUUGUCUGACAAUACCAUCAGCAAAGAUUCACCAUCGUCAUCAAGCACCAGUCACGCCACAGCAUCCAGCUUCGUCUUAGACACAGCUAUAAACCAAUCGUCGACAUCAAUCAUACAUCCCAGUGCUUAUAGAAGACCGUUCUCUCGGCCUUUCAAGCUCUCUAGAUAUCUGAACUCGCUUUUGCCGAAUACCCACGACAAACGAUAUACGACCAGCCCAACAUGAUGGAAUCAAUGUUGCAGGUCCUCGUCCGAGGUGUACAGAUCCUCUGGGUCCUCCUCGUCACAGCACUGAUUGGCAAUGUCAUCGCUCUCAACAUCAAUAGCGCCGGCUCCGCUAUGGCCGCCAUCAACUUCUCCAUGUUCGUCGCCGUCCUCAGCUGGCUGGCGGCUCUCUACGGCCUUGCCGCCGCCUUUGUCUCGGCCAUCGCCAUCCCCAUUGUAUUGCUGGCCCUUGACGGCGCCGCCAUUCUCUUCACCUUCAUCGACGCCAUUGUCCUCUCCGCCAAGCUGCGCGCAGUCAACUGUGGCUCUCUGAACAGGAGCGACCUGCCGAGCGACUACAUCGUCUGGGGUUCCGGCGAUGAUGAGAAGCGAUGCCGCGAAAUCCAGGCCAGCACCGUCUUCAUGUGGUUCCUGUUUGCCAGCUUCUGCGCAGGAGGCUUCUUCACCUUCAUGAACUUCCGUCGCGGCGGUGGCUCUGUCCGCAGCUCCCGCCCUAGCAUGGCUCAAGUCGGCGUCUAAGUCUACGAUUUUCUCAACUAUACGCGACGUAGACUGCAAUAUGAAAUAGAAAACAAACGGGGUAUGGAAUUGGACGGAUUGGCUGGGUAGGACAUUUGGUCAUCGCAAGACUUGCGGCAAGGCCACUGAGUCCUAGCGGCGUUGGCGGCAGGUUAUUGUUUAACUUUACCUUUCACGAUGGCAUGUAGUAAUAAUGAAUGACAGGAUAUGGGUACGGGAUGACAUGGAUAUACUGUCAUGGAUACGGCGGGGCCUACAAUGCCGGGGCAUUGGCCAUGGAGCCAUCAACAGCUCUUUGUAGUACAACAACGAAUUGAUAUCAUUCCACGACUUU